AUGUGUUAUUUGGAGGCUGAAGAACCUGUCAAUGAAGGUGAAAAGAAUGUGGAUGCUGAGAAGCAAACGAUACAGGAAGAUGUUGGGGAUGCCAAGAAGGAGAAUCCUGUGAAUGAGCCAGAAGAGGAGCCAGAGGAUAAGGAGAUGACUUUGGAAGAGUACCAGAAAGUGCUUGAAGAGAAGAGGAAGGCCUUGUUGGCACUGAAGACAGAGGAAAGGAAGGUUUACGUGGACAAAGAACUUGAAUCCAUGCAAAUGCUUUCAAGCAAGAAGAAUGAUGAUGACAUCAUCUUCAUUAAAUUGGGUUCUGAAAAGGAUAAACAUAAAGAAGCUGCUGAAAAAGAAGAAAAAGCGAAAAAGUGUGUCAGCAUAAAUGAGUUUCUAAAGCCAGCUAAAGGGGAAAGUUACUACCGCCCUGGUGGACGUGGCCGGGGCCGUGGCCAUGGAAGAGGAGGAUACAGUAGCAAUGACAUCGGGAACAAUGUGGAAGCCCCAGCAAUUGAAGAUGUUGGCCAGUUCCCUUCAUUGGGUGCCAAGUGA